UAGUACAUCUUCAAGGAUAUUGGAUAUGACAAGCCAUUCUUCUCCACCUAUCUGAAGACAUCAUUGUUCAUGCUUUAUCUACUGGGUUUCUUGUUUUGGAGACCAUGGCGGCGGCAGUGUUUAGAUUGUUUUGAGAAGUCAAAGACUCUGAAUAUUGAUGAGAAUUCAAACGAUGACGAAGAUGUGUUGAUCUGCAGUCAAGAACAUUUACUGAGUGAUCCUCUGUAUGUUCCAGUCAAGUUCAACGACAGUGAUAAAGAGAGCAGUCGGAGUAACAGUUUUAGUGAGCCAUGCGAUUCUUCAACAUUGAAUUCCAGAGUUCGAUUUAGUAAUUUGAUGGAAGUCAGACAUUUGUCUGAUGAUGUUGCAGAUGAAGCCAUGAUGGCUAGGUUAUCCUACAAUGCUACACAGAGAGCAAAGGAAAACCUUCAACAAGCAAACAAGUUUACCAUUCCUCAAGUCGCAAAAAUUAGCUUCAUGUUUUGUUUAGUGUGGUUCCUUGCCAAUUUUUCUUAUCAAGAAGCAUUAAAUGAUUCCCAGAUGGCUAUUGUCAAUACCCUGUCAUCGACAUCGGGAUUAUUUACCGUUGUUUUAGCAGCACUGUUUCCCAGUUCUCAAGGUGAUAAAUUCACACUCACAAAAUUAUUUGCUGUUCUAGUGAGCGUCGGAGGAAUAUUUAUGGUCAGCUACUCAGAUAGGACCAAGGAUAACCAGUUUAAACUUGGCUCCCUUUGGGCUUUAGCUGGUGCUUUCUUCUAUGCAGUUUACCUUGUUGCACUCAAACGAAAAGUAGAUAACGAGGACAAGAUUGAUAUUCCUAUGUUUUUUGGUUUUGUUGGUCUGUUCAAUUUCCUAGUGAUUUGGCCUGGAAUAGUCAUCCUACAUUACACCAACAUAGAGCCGUUCCAACUCCCUAAAUCCAACGUUUGGAUAUACCUUGCUGUUAAUGGCAUAGUGGGAACAGUGCUUUCAGAGUUUCUCUGGCUCUGGGGGUGUUUCUUGACAUCAUCAUUGAUUGGAACACUUUCUUUGAGUCUCACUAUCCCCAUGUCGAUCCUUGUAGAUAUCUAUUAUAAUAAUGUGGACUUCUCCCUAAUGUUCAUCUUAGGUGCCAUACCAGUGUUUGUGUCAUUUAUUGUGGUAGCUAUCCUAACCCAUUACAAUGAUUGGGAUCCUGCAUGGGCUCUCAUCAAAAGACUUUACUACUGUUUUCAUAGACUAAGCUGCCUCUUCUGCACGAUAUGCUCAAUAUGCAGAAGGAAAACACCUCAUGUCAGGUUACCAACGUCAGAUGACAAAGAUCAGUCGGAAAGUUUAAUAGCUCUUCAUAGCAUGGAUAGUAGUGGUAAUGCUCUGGAUUGCUGUUGAGACUCACAAAUGAAUUCUCAUCCCUAAAUUUCACUUGAACUGUCGGUAUGCAGGCAGAAUUGUACCAAAAGACUAAUCUACUUAUUUAUUUUUUCUAACCAGAGUAUGAGUAAUCAAGUAGAAACUUGCUAUAACAACAAAUGCAAAAUUUGUAUGACAAGUUUGCUAUUGGCCAAUCACAUACCAUGGCAUGGUAUCUUUCAAAAAUAAGUCUUGUGAAAUUGAACCCAGGAUGUGUUUCAUGGAGCUGUUUUGAAAGGUACGCUUGAUAGAAUGACAGGAAUGUGAAGUGCCAAAGUUUGGGCUGAAAGUUUAUCAAUGGCCCUGUUUUAGAAAGGACUGUGAUCAAUUGAAUCAAUCACAACUAUGUAAAGCCAGUAAUGCCAUCAUUCUUUGUUUGUGAGUGUACGCACUUAUCCCCUUUAACAAGAAGAAUCACAUGGCAGUGUGCAAACGUAUGAUUGCGGUGUCAGUGGCUUUCCAUAGAUUGAUUGGAUCAGUCACACUCCUGUGUGAGAUGGAGUCCAUGGCCCGUAUUCUGAACUCGGGUUUAAUUUAAACUCGGGUUUAAAGUUGUGGUUUAACUAUGGAAAGCCAGUUGUUACAUAAAUUUAUAACAGAAGAAGUUCAAUGUAUCAGCUCAUUUGACUCCAGAAACAUUAAAUGCCUUGGAAAGAUACGUAUGACAGUUGUCUUCACCAUUAAAGAUUUAGUAAAGAGCACAGUAAACAUGAGAAGCAUUCACUGUAAACUAAAUUUUGAUCUGUUUGGUUUCCCAUAAGUUUAGCACAGAGUUAGACCAUGGUCUAAGUUAAAUCCGACUUCAGAAUACAGGCCUAUAUGUCCUAGCAAACAGUUUUAUAUUCCAAACUACAUCAUUCAACACUGGGCGAAAUAUCUACAUGUACCUUACCUACAAAUAUAUGACUAAUGUAGGUAUGAUAUACUAUUAUAUCCCUGUAAAUCAACUAAAAUAAUUUGUCUAGAGGCAGUUCAGAAAUCUGUUGCUAGCUUGCUAUAUUCCAAUUAUUUGUAAAGUCAUCCAUAAUUCAUCUAUUGUUUAUGUUGUAAUGGUGUUUAAAAAAAAAUAUUGUGGUUCAACAGGUCAUGUCUAGAACAGAAAAGGCAUGAUAAACUUUGUCAUGAAAAAAAUCAUAAUUUGACAUGCUUUUAGUAUUUUUAUUUCAUGCAAGAUAGAAGAGAAUGAUAAUGACAGCACUGUUUCGUAAUCAUAUACCUCUACCUCAUCAAAAUAGAGCAUGUUUUACACAGUGGUCGACAAUGAGUUCUGCAGUGGGUCAUAAUUACGCUGCCCAAUCCUUGGCCUAUUGUAGUUAUGCAUUGCUGUUAUUUAUUCCUUGCAAGGUUCUCUCUGACACACAUCAAGGAACAUUGAUUUUCUGUUUGCUGGGAAAUCAUAAUGAAAAAAUCUGUUCUUGUUCCCUACUUAUUAUUCGAAACUUUAUUCAAGAUUCAAGAUGUAUUUAUUCAAUUAUUGCUGCUCGAAGGCUGCAUUGCCAUUGAAUUAACAGUGACGAAGAAAAAAACAACAUAUAAAUUGCAUAUAAUUUCUGCAACAAAAAUACAUUUUGAAAUUACAAUAAUCUGGAUUUACCAUAAUAAUUCAAAUUUACAAAAUAAAUAUCAAUUAACAAUUUUAAUUUCAAUAAACAAUGAAAAUUACAGUUCACCAUGAUAAUUCUAUUAAUAUAAACAAGUAAGUAGACAAUAAAAAUGUAUUUCAUAAACUUGAGUUCAAAUCUUGAUAAGAGUGAUGAUGAAUAGAACAUGGGGGGGGUAUGGGAUAGCAAAGCAUUGAAAGCAGGUCAUUAAUUGAUGUCCAAGUAAAUGAUGAUAUUGUUUCAAAGAAGGAAUAAGCAGUGUUUAGUUGAAUAAAAUGAAUAAAUCAGGGCCUUAUUGAGUUUACCUUUGCAGAACAAAUCAUGUUUGUACUGUGUACUUUUUCUAUGACCCCCAAAAAUCAAUUUUUCGAUCAAGUUUCAAUGGUAUUACAGGUUUAAAAGAAAUGGAAAAGACAAUUUUUUCAAUGGAAAUUCAUUUUCUACACAUAAUUUCAGUAUGUUUCAUACAAACCUCAAGGAUUUCUUUAAAUUUCUAUGGUUCUUAACAGUCUACCUUGGAGAAGUUGCCAUGACAACUCAAUAAUUUUUAAGUUUGCAGUUUUUUAUAGCUAGUGUGAAUGGGCCUGCUAACAUUUUGAUUUCUAGAAAAUUCUUUGUGUGCCACACAUCUUUUUGUAAGCACUACUAAAUGAAUUUUGAUUUCAUAAUAAUAGAUUGAGAGGUUUGCAAUCCAUUCAAGAAUUAUUUGAAGAAAAAAAAAAUUCUACACAAUGGAUAUCAGUGAUAUGAUAUUCACUGAAUAUUUCCUCAAUCUUUGUCUAAAAUAAAAAUUAAAGAUUAUCACUCAGACAACUGCCAAACUGUGAGGACCAACAAGAAAAACUGCCAUUCUGCAAGACUAAAAAAUGGGAGAAGGUUUAGCUGGUUUAAUUUAAGCAAAUGCCAAUAUUAACCUUAUGCAAAGCUAUGUCAACCUGUUAUGCAGAUUUCAGUGUGAUUCUAGUUAUUGAUAUUUAGUGAACAAUUAUUGCUAUGAGAAAUAAUUUACAUGGACAGAAUGUUUUAAAUUUUCCAGAUUACUUUACUCUAAAUUUAUAGACACAGUACACAAAAGAACAAUUAUAAAAGGGAAAAAUGAAAUUUUAAUCUAGGUUAAAUUUGGCCUUCAGCCAUGACAGGCUUCAUGUUGUAUACUGUGCAGGUGAAUACUGCUGCAAGUUUCAAAUCACCUUGAUUUUUCCUAACAUAGAUAAUAUUCUCCCUGGACAUGUGUUUAAUUUUUCGAAUAUAUUCAUUUUUUGAAAAUUCUUAUUUCAUUGGCCUUUUAAGGCAGUGCAUCUUCAUGAAACUUGCAGAUAAAACAAUGGCACUGGAAUUAAACCAAUCAGACAAAUAAUUGAGGAGGUAACCAUUGCUAAUACACAAUGGCUUGCCCCUUUAAACUUUCAUCUGAUCUGGGGCCCUGUUUCAUAAACACUUCUGUUGUAAACUUUGCCAUAUGGCAACUACUAUGGUAACAGGGCUCAUCAGCCAAUUACAACUGAGAUAUAUCCAUGGUAAUUGCCAUAAUGGUAAAGUUACCGUGCAGUUUUAAGUCUUUAUGAAACGGCCCCCCCCCCCCCCACAAUGUUCCAGCACCACUAGACAGGACUACAGAUUUACUGGCUUGGCAUGAACAUAUGGGUUGUUACUAAGGGAUUUCUAAUUCUAAAGUGAUUGAUGUAUAUGUUUGGAACUAGUCUAUCUUGUCUUAUCUACAGAUUUCAUGAUGAUUUUCUUCCUGCCCAGAAGUGGUCUAUUUUACUACAAAUACUGUGAAUGUUUCUAUUCCUGUUUAGUUGGUACGGUUUCAACUUUAAGUUAAUUAUAUUCAUAAAAGCACCAUUUUUGUAUUUAAAUAUUCCAGCCCUUUUAUUUUGAAAGCCUGGAUUGUUAUAGCCAUUUUGUACUUUAAUAAGAGGAAAGAAUAACAUCUCAUAUCAAAUCUUUUCUAUGAUAGUGAUUCAUCUCAUAAUAUAUAUAAUGUGUGCUGCAAUGGUGUUUGUAUACACCCAUAUUUGUUGCUGGUUAUUUUCAAAAGGUAUCUAGUCAGCUCAUUCAAGGUACUAUAUGUCAUUGUAAAUAUCACAUUUUGUCAAAUCAUAUCAUUGUGUGCUUUUCAAUGUGUAGUCUUAUCAUUGGAUAUUGUGUCCUUAUAUAGGAAUAUGAUAUAUAUUGAGAUUAAUUUUUGUCUGAAAUAUUUAAAAAAAUCUACCUAAUUGCUACAUGUAUAUUGUAUAUAAUUCCUGACUUAUAUUUCUUUUCUUGAAAAAUACUUGUCUUAUAUGUUUAUGUGGAAAUUUGUUGUAUUAAGAUUGUAAUUAAUUUGAUUUGACUUGUAUAUCUUUGUUUCUAUCUGUUCAUAUUUCCAAAGCUUACAGUGGUAUAUUUUGUAUGAAUCUGUAUAUAAUUGAUCAGACUAUAUAUCAGAAAAUCUAUUACCAAUUAGAGGGGUUCUAUUAUUAUUGUGCGAAUCAAGCAUCAAUGAAAAGUUUUAGAAUUUAGUGAUACAAUUUUGUUUGUAAAAAUUUAUGUGUGAAAAAGAGUAAAAUUCCUAAAUCAGGAAAAUCCACACUCGUGAAAGAUGUAUUUUUGAAGGAAAAUACCGAUAUUACUUUUUAGUAUUUCAAAUUAAAUUAAAUGCUCUCAGCUUUGGAAUGAGUGUCCGCCAAUAUUGGUGUAUCAGGAAAAAAGGAAACCCAGAUUUCAUAUAUUUUCCUGUACUGAGGGAAAACUGACAUAAGUGACAAGAAAAAUAAUUAUGCCGUAAAACCAAAUCAUAUUAGUAUUCUUAUUGUACCUUGAUGAUGCUUCUGGGAUCACACAUGUGACACAGUGAACAAUGAAACUGAAAGGAACGCGAAAAUUACCAAAUCUCACUACUUCUUGCCAUCCCAUAAUCUGUGUUUGUUUUUAUUCAAGAAUCCUCUUUGAGCAUAUUGAGUAAAUCUUAAUUCAGAUGCAU